CCCCAUCUGCGUUACCACCUCAUCCCAUUUUCCCGUCCCAUCCAUCUCACCACCAUGUGCGCCGCAAACUGCACCAAUGGCUCUCGCUACUCCAACGAGGACCACGAGGACGACGAGCAAGUGGUCGACAUAUGGGACACUGCAAGCCUCAACACCACCUUUACCUCUACCUCAAACUCCAUCUCCCAUCACAAUACCACAGCCACACCCCAGGAGAAUUCCACAUCGAUACCAAGCUUCACAGCCACCCUCGCAGACACCCUCAAGCCCAUAUACACCUCAUACCUCCAGGAGCCAGGGCGCGCAAAGCUCGCACUGGUGGAAUGCGUCCUCUCCACCGAACCCUUAGCCCUGGGGUUCUUAGAAACCUGCAAACUCGUCUCGGAGCACGAUUGUGCCAGUGCCGAGAGACCAAUAAUCCACCUCAUAACGUUUCUCUUGACCACGCACACUGCCAUGUCCCGCAGCAGCAGCAGCAGCAGCAGAAACGACAGCAACGACAGCACCCCCGCGGUCCUGCAGAUGCUCGUCCGCUCACCAAAAGAUACCGAAAAACUCCCGCUAUCACCGGACGAGAAGCAGAGCUAUUCCGAUGCGCUCCGCCUCGCCGCCCGCGCGCUGCUCGAUCACCGCCGCGCACAAUUCCUUGCCGCACUGUUCAUCGUCCCCUCCAUCUGUGCCGGAAGUCUCGAGUGGUUCCUGGGUACCUUCCCGAAGCUUGAUAAGGAGCUGAAAGAGGGGUUGGCUAGGCUGGAGACGAGGAUUAGUGGUAUGGUGGAGACGUGCCGGAGCGCUGUGGAGAGAAUGAGGGGAGUGGAGCGCGAGUUAUGCGUGCUCUCUGGGGCGGUGGAGGGGGUAAAGACCGCUGGGGAUUGGGUCGAGGUGAAGAUUCGGGAUUUGGAGAGAGGGAGGGAUUUGCUUAGGGGAGAGGUGGUGGGAGCGUGCAGGGUGGCCAGGUACCUGAUUAUGACGCACGGGAUAGUGUUCAAUAGAGAGGAUGAAGAGGUAAUCGUGGUGACGGGAACGAGUCCGAAACGGGAGGCGGAGGAGGAGGCGGGAUUGGAGAUGGGCGCUGCUGGGCCGCCGGAAAAGAAGAGGACGGUCGAGGUGGGGAAGGUUGUUAGUGCGCCGGCAAGGGAGGACAGGGCGGCUCCACCACCACCACCGCCUGGGAGAGGAUUCUAUAAGGGGAGGAAUUUUGAUCCCUAUCAUAGAUCGCGGGGAAGGGGAUAUCGCGGUGGUGGUGGAGGUUAUUGGGGACAGUCACCAUACAGAGGCCGUGGAGGAAGACCAGGGGAGGGACAUUAUUAUUAA